AUGGUCUUGCUUUUAAUGGGACAAAGGAUCAGCGAACUGUGGAACAUUUUUGCCGUGGGUGUUGUGUUAAGCAGCGAAGAUAGCAUGAGCGUUUGUCGUGAAGUUGCCCAGGACCAUAGCUGUGUGGAUGAGGACGAAUCCUUUGAUAGUAGUGAUAAUAAGAUGACGGACCUGCAAAUCAAUCUUUUGAGUUCAUUGCGUAAGACGAUUGUCACAUUUGAGAAUCAGAUCACUACCUUGGACGACAUCAUCCACAGCGACAUCGAGGAGUUCAAGUGGAAGAACAAGGACAUGAACAUUUAA